AUGGACGGGUAUCCGCCUGCCUAUAUUGCCCAUAACCUCCCUCUUCUGAUCGUCUCUGGACUCGGCUCUGUGCAGGAAACGUCAGCCUCGAAAUCUGGGACACGAAUAACCUCCGAGAUACCCCCAGUAGAUACUGAAGAUGCGGAAAGGUUGUUGCGGCAUUUCAAGCGAAGUGAUGCUUCGGAUCUGUCAUGGAAUGGGCGGGAGCAUAUUGGGAGAAACAAAUUCAGGGUGAAGGUCGUGGGAAGGGACUAUUGCCUACCAACUCGCAGCGCUUCUCUUCCUGAAUCAUCUCUACCACUCAGUCCAAUUUCAAGAUCGAUUGUACACUCCACGUUAUCACCUCUCAGUCCAGGAUCCCCGCUCUUCCCUGACGGCUUGCUUGACUCGUUAUGGGUUGAGAAACACCAAGAGCAUGUCCCAAGCGCAUAUCUCUGUUUCUAUGCCUUCAGCUCUGAUCCAAACUUAACGACAAAACAUGACAAUCAAUUAAAGACGGACAUAAGCAACAUUAAGAAUGCAUUGAGUGGGUCUGGUUAUAAAAGUCGUCUUAUAGUUGGGCUUCUGAGCGAAAAGUCUAUUGUCCAAUCUUCCGAUGUUGAAGAACGCCUUGCCAAUAUUCGUAAAUAUACAGGACUUGACUCCAAGACCUCUUUAUUCUUCUUGCCCCCUCAGUCCUCCGGGGUGGAACUCCAAGCAUUCGUGGAAACUAUCCUUUCAACAGUAUACCCACUAUCCGUCGAAUAUUAUCGAGACUUAAGUAAGCACUCAAGGAGGAAACGCAAUAGAGGCAUUAUACCUCCACCUACCGCUCCUCCAACUUCAGGGACAUCUCAGACUUUAUCUAGCCAGGGGUGGAAUGUUCGCUAUGACUUCAAGCUCGGGGUAUUUGCCGAGUUUCGGCAGGAGAUGGAUGCUGCCGUACGUUCUUACGAAAGUGGUUAUGAAGGAUUGCUCGGCCCAGAUGUCUCAGAAGCUAUCGCAAGCUGGAGUCCUCGAUGGAACGAGGCACGACUGCUAGCUGAUGCUUUUGCCUUCCGUAUCUUGAGGUGUCUACUAUGGAAUGGCAACUGGACAGCUGCCGUCCGCAGAUGGCAAUUGCAUCGGGAGCGAAUCCGUGACUUUGUUGAUAGGCGAGGUAAGGGAUCUUCUACAUACGGAUGGGAGGCAUGGGAAGCUCGAUGGGCCACUCUGAUGGCUGAGAUGAUCACGAAAGUUUCUAUACCUGAGUUCAACUCGUCCAACACUACCCUAUACCUACCAACAGAGAAGGCAAUUGCAAUAGGAGAACGAAUUCAACCGUGGGAGCUCCUUCACCAUCCAGGAUACUGGUACUAUAUGGCUUCAAAGCACCUUAUUGGACGUCGCAAUUUGGCCAUGGCAAUACCUGAAGAAGAUCGAUCACCUCCCGGGUUCUCUCCAGCUUCAAAAACUGCAAGCAAGGCAUACACAUACGAUACGUAUCUGUGCCCAGAUCCCCACGAAGAGAAUCCAUUACCCGGUCGUGAGGGUGUCAACCACUCAGCUCUUAUUAUAGACAGCUUGUCGAAAGCCAUUGCCGAAUUCGAGCAACGGGGUCAGUACCGUCUCAUACAAGAGCUACAAUUGAUAUCUGGAAAGGAAAGCAUGAAAACAGAGGCUUGGGAUGAUGCACUAAUAAUACUCCGCCCUCUGUGGCAGAAUAUGUCAUAUCGAAAAGAAGGCUGGUGGAAUGCCGUUGAAGAGAUUUCAUGGGCUUUCAGGAAUGCCGCAGCGCACGCAGGUGAUGGUGUAUCUGUAGUUGCGGUGGACUGGGAAUUGAUGAACAGAAGCAAGUCGCUAGAAGGUCUCGAUGCUGUGAAAAGCAAGCCAGUGGUUGUACUGCAUGAUCGCGAAGUUCACUCUUUCCUUUCCGCGGCCUUCACAUUCGAGCAUGCGGAGGGCAAAGUUGGAGAAGGCUGCCCUUCACAAUUAGCAAUCACUUCGUCAGCCAUUCAGGCAUCGGCUCCAGUGAGAAUAUCCGAAAUAAAACUCGAAUUUGAGGGCACUAUGAAACCUCUCGUCUUGCAGCAUAUUCCCAGCGAUCGAGAUGAAGCUGGAAAGCCUCGCGCUAUGCUAUACAGCAAAGUAACUUUAGUUGAUGAGGCACGAGAUGGAAGACCAACCCAAAUCGGCAAUUCGGAUCUUACGUUACGACCAGGUCAGACGAAAGUUUUCGAAUGUAAUAGUUUUUUGAGAGAAGCUGGAGAGGUCAAAGCUGUUUCUGCUACCUUUACCAUCACAUCAGAACAGUUCGACUUAGACUAUGUCCAUACUUUUGAAAGCACGCCUGCUCCAGAUAUAUGGUGGGGCGAGCGCACAGUGAAGAAGCGAAUUGCUCGGCCUAAUGCUUCAUCAGUGUUAAUCCUCCCUAAGCCUCCCAAGAUGGAGCUUCGAUUUGUCGGGCUUCAAAAGCAAUACUACACAAACGAACAUAUUACUUUGAGGCUAAAUGUGCUCAAUGAAGAGGACGACGACUCUAUCGCGAAUCUUGAGGUUCGCUUGCUCGGUGAGGGAGCACCACUACCCACGCUGAAACUUCCCUCUGAAGUUGAAUCUGAGGAGAGUGAGAAGGGGAACGAGUUGACGGGAACUCCACUUGGCAGAAUUGCAAGCUCAGAUGCGACAACCGUAGAGAUUAUCAUUCCUCCAGUUGAUCUACCGGCUAUCUACGAGUUGGCCUUGAAAGCUUCAUAUAACCUGGUUUCCGACAUUGAAACGUCCGUAUCCCGCGCUUUGGUCAUGCAGUUGGAAAUAAUAAGUCCCUUUGAAGCCAACUAUGACUUCUCUCCUCGAAUACAUCCCGAUCCCUGGCCAAGUUUUUUCACCCAUCAAGAGGUGGUGCAGGAUGAGGCCAAUGAGCAAGAAAUCCAGGCACAUGGAUUAGCACAAAAAUGGUGUCUGACAGCCCGCUACGCUUCCUUUGCUACAGACGACUUGAUAAUCGAGGACAUGGGCGUCGAAGUAUUAGGCGUGAACGGUGGAAUUACCUGCACUACUAAAAAGCUCAUGGCAAUCCCCGAAGACGGCCUCAAAGUUACUCCCAAGAGCCUGGAGGAAGCUCUCUUCGAUGUCUGUACCCAAAAGCUCUCCCUCGAUGAUCGUGGAACUGCAACUCUCGACAUCUCUCUAGCAAUAAAAUGGCGGCGUGACGCAGAAGGCUCCCCUUUGAACAUAUCCACACUCGGGGUACCCGCCUGCUACGAACCCCGCGUCCUCGCUGCCGUCUCCUACUCUGCGAAUACUCCCUCGAUGAUACACUUCGACGUUACGAUUGAGAAUCCAUCGAACCACUUCCUCAGCUUCGGCCUGACCAUGGAACCCAGCGAGAAAUUCGCAUUUUCCGGUAUCAAGCAAUCAACCCUGCAGCUUGUGCCCUUAAGUAGAAGGACGAUGAAGUUCAGGCUGCUGCCGAGUAUAAGAGGUGAUUGGAUAGGGCCGAUUCAAUGCGUGAUUAGGGAUAGGUAUUUUCAGAAGGUGUUGAAGAUUGCGCCGACGGAGGGAUUGCGGAUUGAUAAAGAAGGUUUACUGAUUUGGGUCCCCCCGAGGAAGAGUUAUGAUGAGUAG